CCUCACAUAGUGCCAAUGGACUACACUAACGAGCCAGACGUCACAAUUCCAAUUCAACUCAUAAUAAACAUGCCAGAGCUAAAGGAGAAUCCAUUCAAAGAGCAAAUAGUGAAGACCUUUUCUGAAGAUGGUGAAGGGAACCUGAGCUUCAAUGACUUUGUGGACAUGUUCUCAGUGCUGAGUGAGAUGGCUCCUCGAGAGCUGAAGGCCAUUUACGCCUUUAAAAUCUACGACUUCAACACGGACAAUUACAUCUGCAAAUCAGACCUGGAGAAGACCCUGAAUAAGCUGACCCGUGAGGAACUGGCUGUUGAAGAGGUCACGCUGGUGUGUGAGAAAGUAAUUGAAGAGGCUGACCUGGAUGGUGACGGCAAGCUGAAUUAUGCAGAUUUUGAGAAUAUGAUUGGCAGAGCACCGGACUUUCUCAGCACUUUUCACAUUCGGAUCUGA